AUGCCGCGGAGCGCGGGGCCCGCACGCAGCGCCGCGAGCUGCUGGCAGCCCGGGUGCAGCCCAGCGCGGCGCACCCGCCGCCUGGCGGCUGCCGCCGCCCUUUCGGGCGCGGCUCUCCCCCUGGCCACGCGCUGCUUCGCAGCGGCGGGGGGGCGGGCGGGCGCCCGCGUCGGGGCGGUGAUCUUCGACUGCGACGGCACCCUCCUGGACACGGAGACCGCCUACCUGGAGGCCUUCAACCGGGCGGCCUCGCAGUACUACCAGGGCCCCCGCGAGGACGUGCUGCAGAGCCCCCAGUCCUGGGGGCGCGACUUCGUGGGCCGGGGCAACGGGAGCGCGAUCGCCGUGGCCAGGUUCGGCCUCGGCUGCACGGCGCAAGAGUUCGACGCCCGGUGGACGCGGAACUUUGGGGAGAUCAUCGCCGUGCCGGGCUCGGUCCCGCUGCUGAAGGGCUUCGACGAGCUCUACUGGGCUGCGCGCGCCCAUGGUGUCCGGGUGGCGGUCGCCUCCUCCAGUUCGGGCGCCACGCUUCGGCAAAAGUUGUCGAACCUGUUGCUCGCGCAGUCGCGCGCCGUCGGCACGCUGGCCGACUUCGACGUGAUCGUCUCGAACGACAACGUCACCCGAUUCAAGCCAGACCCCGAGAUCUACCGACUGGCAGCACGGACGCUUGGGCUGCCCCCCGAGGCGUGCCUGGUAGUCGAGGACUCUCUGCCCGGUGUGCACGCUGGCAAGGGCGCUGGGAUGAGGGUCGUGGCGGUGCCGAACCCUUACACCGCCGCCCAGGACUUCUCCCUCGCGGAUCACGUCGCAGAGAGCAUGCUGGAGGUAGUCGGCCUGCUGUGA